AUGGGUCCAGAAGCAGUGUUUUGGACUUUUGUUUUGGGCCUAAUCUACGUUGCGGAGGCGGGAACGAUUGGUGAUCAGUGCGACUGGACUGGCAGCGGCUUGACAUCGAGCGCGGAGCGCGGCGUGACGCCAGUGUACCUCCGCUGCCGGGAGGGCGGCGUGUCGUGGCUGUACCCGCGGGGCGCACUGAGGCUACUCUUCAAGCCGCCGCUGCCGGCCGACGAACGAGACUUUACAGUUUGCAUCCGAGUUAUUCGACGGCCUGACCCGCCUGAUCUCUUCCAUACACUGCGGCAAAACGAAACAGUUGCCGCUGAUCGCUUCCCAGCUCGCAUAUUCGUGGAAGGCGUGCGCAGGCUGGUACCUCUGUACGCUCCCGACGACGGCGACGUCCGCGAGCUGCGAUGUUUCCACAGUCGGAACGGACAAGCCGCGCUCUACGUCGAGGCCGAACCGGAGGACGGACCCAAGAGACGAGUAGCGACCUUUAAAUACGAAGCCAGGCCGCUUGUGAGACGACAUUAUGAUCCCGCUACGGCUGACUGUCGACCUUGUUCCGAUUCGGAACUGGAGUUGGCCUUCUGUACGAGCGAUCUCGUGUCUCGAGGCAUCAUCAUUGGGAGUGAGUUACAUGAGGAAAUGGACGCCACACGUUUGACAUGGCAUCUCACUAAGCUGUUGCGCGUCACGGCCCCUGGAACUGGCGGUGAAACUAUCGACAUCGCCAACACUAGCGACAUCGCCGACAUUGCCAAUGACGUCGACGACAACUACUAUAGGUCCGGGCGGGCGCGGCGCGCGCUGCGGGCGCACGUGCACGUGUCGGCGGCGUGCGGCGCGGAGGCGGGCGCGGGCGAGUUCCUGCUGAUGGCGCGGCGCCGCCUCGGCCGCUACGCGCUCGCGUGCGCGCCGCGCCUGCGCGACUGGCGCGCGCUCGUGCGCCGCCGCGCCGCCGACGGCUCCGCGCACUGCCAGCUGCACUACUGA